AUGAUGUCCACCGUGGUUUCGGUGAUAGAGAGCAUGCUUUUCACGGCGAUUUUGACGUUACUGGUACUGUGUUGGCUAUGCGAAAAAAAUACGAACAUUGCCGUCGGAGUAUGGAACACAAUCGUUCUAAUAAGGUACGCGCGUGAAUCCGAAAAACCGUUUUAUAUUGUUUUUUGUCCGUUUUAAAAUGAGUAAUCGGUGUCUUAUAUCUGGCGAGUAUAUGCCAAUAGAAAAUCGCCCCUCGUCACCGUUACUCGUCGGCGAAUAAAGCCGACGACCGCGGUCCGCCUUUGCCGUCACUCGCCGGCUGUUCUCCUGUGAGUAAUAUACGUGAAAAAUAUCGUUUCCCGUGUACGCGGCUGAACUAGAUUUUUAUUCGGAUUUUAAUAGCCCGGCGUAGGUACCUACGGUUUUAUUCGCUGACGAACGGUGAGUGUAAAUUCGCCAAACGUUAUCCGACGUUACUUGUAAAUGCAGACAUAGGCGAUAUUGUACGGAUAUUUUUUUUCUAUGUUAACUAUCUAGGCAUAUAAUAUUCAUUUUUAUUCGGUAUCUAAUGACCGAUUCAUCAACGCUCGACCCGAACCGCCGAGGGGUCUAGAAUCUCGAAAUUCAGUACGGAAGUUUAUUAUAUUUCGUACAACGAUAAUAUACAGGCAACUGUAAACUAUAUGUUAUAGAAACUCCACAGGAUUUUUAAAAAUUCGACCAUCGAUGACCGGCGCACGCACAUACGUUUUAUUCCUUAAAACACGGAAAUUGCGUUUUGUCUUUAUUCUCUUUAUUUCUAAAUUCUAUCUUUUAUGCAUGCGAGAAGAAAACUGUACUGUGUUCAUUUUGUUACAUUUUUUAAUUCGAGUGUCUUAAAAUAAUCCACGGGCGUGAAAUUUGUCACUGGCAAGACCGUUGCUUUCAAACCAUACCUAUGGAAGUAAAAUUCUAUUCGAAAUUUUGAUGAUCCGGCGAGAAACAAACGGUUAUUAAUGAUAUUACCCCGAAAAAAUAUAGCGUCAUUAAAAUAUAUGUUAUAAAAUACAGAAAUAUAUAUUGUUUUUUGGUCUAAUAUCCUUCUGUGUUAUACGAGAGAAAAACUCAAGUUUAAUUUCUAGGAUUUUUUAUUUCUUCAAUAAAAUGAAAACUUACACAUGUUUCUAAACGGAAAAUUCGAUCUGUAUUUUCCGGAGUAUUCGUUGAAAAUACCUCCUCGAUUUGUGUCUUUACUAAUUAUAUUUAUUAUAAUAUAUUUGGUGUGUUAGAUUAAAUUAUUGUAAUACCUAUUAAUUCAUGAGUUUUAAAUUUAAUUACAGAGACGCUUGGCAAGUGAUCGAGAAAGAUAUAUACACAACGUUUAAAGAUGAAGAUCCGUUCGACAAUGAACCUCAUUUAGCGGUUUCUUCCAGUAAUCAAUUUGGUGAUCAAACUUCGUGUUCUAUGACGGUUGACCUCGUUUCACAGUCGUUCCCCAUUUGCCGCUUUCCAUUUUCACAGGGAGGAGAAAAUACCGCCCAGGAACUCGGUAAAUAUACAUUCUAGGAUCGACUUCUGUAUAAACACUCUGACAAGUACACACCUAUUUCCUACUAUAUUAUUUUUGAUUUCAUGUAGAAGUCGUAAGAAACAUGCAAGUUGUUGAUUUGACAAUAAAAAGAGUAAAACCAGUCGAAAAUAGUACAAACUAUUUGCAGUUUAUUUAUUUUGAUUUGAAUUUGGAAAAGGGAAUAUUGUCAAUAUUUCUCGUACGUAUUUAAUUUUGAUUUGAGUAUUUAUUUUUUUCAUCUUAUGUAGCAAUUAAACUUAUUUUCACUACUUUUGACCAAUAUUUAAUAUUUAAUAAAAUAUAAUGUAUGUUACAUUGAGACCUUAUAGUAUUGUAAUUUAAAAGAAUUAAAUUGUUUUAACAUUUUGCAGGAAAUGUUUGAGUAUGAUGAUUUUCAUAUUCUUGAUCAGUUAGAUUGCGGGUAUUAUCGUAUUGACGAUUCAAAAUUGGAGAUAUUUGGGAUAUUCAACGAGGAAUUAAUUGUCCUGGAAAUGAGACUGUAAGUGGUUUUCUAAGGUUUUAGUAUAAAUAAUUACACUUAUCAGUUAAAUUGUAUAAUAUGCGUUUUUUUUUUUUAAAUUUUAUUAUAGAAACGUUUGUGAAGUGAUAAUAAAGGACGAGUACACCACGGGCAAGAUAACACAGGAUAUAAUGCCGCCCAAAUUUUCGGUACAUAUGUAUCAAAAUAAAUUUCAAUGACAUUUUAAUUUCCCGUUUAUUCGAGUAUUUUAUUUUUACUAACGUUACCUUACGUUUACCUUACGUUUAUUUUACUAUUAGAAAGGCGGAUGGUCACCGCGCGGUCGCCACAAGCUCAGCUCCCCCAUCGUUCAGCCAUCUGUAACAGUGUACACAUCCGCCGACAGUGGCGGACGGGUUUUCCCGCGCCGCGCCAUCUGUCUGUCCGCAAUAUAGAAAAUCAAUGUUGUUGCGGUUAAAAAUAAAACAGCAUAUUAUUAUUGUUAUUCGGAAUCCACGAAUAGUGACAAAAAUAUGUUUCUUUUAAAAUAUUAUUUCGCGCGCUUACGAUGUAUUUUAAAUUCCAUUUUCAAUUUGAUCAGAGUUUUACGGAACCCCGAGAAAAUGACGCCAUGGAAAAUUAUACUCCCGGGGGAAAAAUCCCCGCUUUUCCAUUCCCCGGAUCCGGCCACUAAUAUACACCCGGGUUAAAUAUUCCUCUGCGUUUACUCGUUUCGUGUGCGAUGAAAUUCAAUACGUUUUCGCAGUGACGCGAACUGGUCUUAAUUUCUGGCAAAACAAUAAAACGUUUGAUUAAUUGUCCACUUCCAGCAAUGGUUUUUUUUUUUUAUACAAACAUCAAAAAUUAGUCCCGGUAAAUGUAUAUAGAUUCCAUUAGUUGCUAAACACUAUACUGCUCGGCGUACGAGCGAACUAAAGGAUGUCGGUGGAUCUGAUUCUCGCGAUUUAUCGCGACGUAAGCACCUAAUCCUUUCAACAUUUGUGUGCGCUAUCACGCAUGACGGUACCUACGCGUCUGUUCGGCUAUAACAUCACGUCGUAACGAAAAUGAAAAUUUUUUUUUUGCCUAUUAAAGAAACGUUUAUUUUUGAAAAUAGUAUUUAUGGUUAUGGCUAAUCGGGUACUUUCAAACAUUUUCGACAAAUUCGUCGUUACCGCGAGUGCUACGUUAGCAAGGUCCGAUUUGCGCCACUGCGUUGCCGGCGAACCCUACAAAGUAACCCUAUAUACAUAAUGUAAGGGCUGGGUAGGGUCCGAAUGACCUUUUUUUUAUACGGUUCAUCGAAUUUCGCCUAAAUUUGAAGGUAAUACAUUAUCAUAUGUCUUCACUUAUUAAACAUACAAACAUAAAUACGUGUAAUAUUAUCGUCGUCCGUGAUUAUUUCUUAGGCGCCGGCGCACAACUCGAGACCGCGACGACAGCGAUUCGCGAUCCUCUAGGACCGCGGGGCCGGUUCAGGGCAUUCAGGUAUCGGGUAUAGGUCGGUAGUCAAUUAAAGAAGGAAAAAAAAUCGAAUGACACAAUGUUAAAUUAUUGUUCUGUUGAUAACGAUUAUGUAUAUUUUCGACGAUGAGAUUCAACAAAUACGGUAUAAGAUCUGUGGAGAAGCAAAAAAAAAAAAAACAUUACACACAAUAUUGUUAUUGACGUACAGUUAUACGGUGUGGGCAAUAUCCACACAAUAAUAUUGUAAUAUCGUUAUGCUAAAUUAGUAGAUCGACGAACAAGAAAAAAAACAAACUAAUACUGAAAUUUAAUAUAGUGUGAAAUCUAAAAUACUCUAUACGGUUUCGUACAAAUAUUGGUGUUUGAAAUAUAGUAAUCUGAGGAUCUAAAGAACAGUAAAAAGAAUCGUAGAAACAAUAUGUUUGGGGGGGGAGGUAUUAGGCCUCCCUCUUGGAUCCGUCUCCAGAUAAUAUGUACACAGACGCAAAAUUUGAAAUUUGAAAACUUCGAAACUUACCGUUCGGUUACGAAGAUUCCGAAUAAUGAACACAAUAAAUUAAAUUAUAAAUAAUAAUAAUAUCUAUGUUGUUUAUUUGAUUAGGUUAAAAAUACUUAUAGGUAAACUGUAUAAUAUUCUACUUUCGUGUAGCUAAUAAUAGAGAGCCAAUAUUAUAUUUGCAUUGGAACGAAAAAGUAACGCUGGUGUUUUGUCAGUUGGCUCUGUUGUACGUACGCAGUGGCGGUUUUUAGGAGGGGGAGGGGGGUUACGGAGCCGAUCACCCACCCCUUCUGCACAUUUUAUUCUUGUCAACCGUUAGGUGUGUUCUGUACGUAAGCAACGAUAAACCAUUGCGUAAUAAAAAUAAUUCUGAGUGGAGUUCAAUUGAUAGUGACGCUUCGUCAAAAAUAUACAUAUAUAUAUAUAUAUACAUGUGAUACUAUAGUAAAAUAAUAAAAAUAGGCAUUAUAUAUUUUCUUUAAUAACACUUGGUUGAUAUUUUACCGAUUUAACCGUUUUUCAUUCGUUUUUUCCGGUUUUCCCAUGUUUUUCACGGGAUAUCACAUUUGCUGGAAAAACUUUUAGAAAAAUCGAAAAAUUACCUUAAGGUUCCUCCUUAGUCAGAUUUUCUUCAAGAAAAAGUGCUGUUAUUGUAAAUUUGAGUAAAAUUGCUGGUAGAAGAGUUGUUCACGGGAAAAAAGAAUUCGUAAUAUUUUACUAAUAAAUUAUUUCGUACAUUUUCCCAUUUUUCCGCAGUUUUUUUUUCGGUUUUUAAAACUAUUGAAAAAAUUACCGAGAAAAUGGAAAAAUGACCCCCUUAAAGUAUCUCCUAAACAAAAGUUCAAUUCAGAACAGUUGCUAAAUCGUAUACAUCAGAGCAAGGUUUCCGGUAGAAAAGUUGUCCACAGAUAAAAUAGUUGUAAAACCAUGGAGCUUCUUCGCUCCACUAAUAAUCGAAAACGAAAGUUAAGUGUAAUUUAUAAUAAGGCCAUAAUCAAAUUUUAUCCUUUAUUCGAUAUAUGUAAUUAUGAUAUGGGGCCCAAUAAAUUUAAAAUCGCCCACCCUCCUUGAUGUUGAAUAAAAACCGCCUCUGUAGCCAUAUGAAAGUGUGGUUCUCGUAUAGUGCAGACUAAAAACCGGAAUAUGCGUGAUGCCGAUAUAUAUCGUUACAGUAUUUAUUUUCAACGAAAAUACACCUCUAAAAGUGGCAUAAGUGACUGUUCGGAAACAUUAUAAAAGCACUGGGUUUCGAAAAAUUUCCGAGCACCAUUGCCUGUACCUAAAAUUAUAUUAAUAUCUACUUAAAUGUUAAACGAGAUUUCUAUUUACCUAACCGUAGGUAUGUAUGGUAUAUUAUCUGUCUGCUACAAAGGUUUUUUUUUUAAUUUUAUUUUUUAAUAAUGAAAAACGAAGAUAUUAAAAUCGGAACCUUCGCAUCUAUACUAUCGUCUAUUUAUAUAAAUGCACGAAUAUACUUAUAAAUACUAAAUACGCAGUUAUAAUACGAACAAUUGAUAGAUACCUAAAACUUAACGUCAAAAGUAUAUGGGGUUUGAGAUAAAGUCCACGGAAAGCAGGACGUACGUCAAAACUUCAGUGUAAAAUAUUUAUUACGCCGGUCGUCGUAGCGUUGGCAAAUGAAAUACCCAAACAAAUCAACUGUUGCUUCGUGGAUACGGUCGCCGGAAAAGUUAACGAGGGCCCGGCAACCGAGUAAACAACCUUACUGUGCGAUCCGAACAAAUUGGUAAGAAUAAUAUUAAUUAAGAAUAUCAAAUUUAAAGUCCGAUAAAUCUAAUAGUAUAGUUUUUGUUUUUGGUUUUUGUUUUUAGCUUUUUGAUUUCCCUGCACAUUCACGCGAGUCUUCGUCUUCGUAUAUUUUCCAAUUAUAUGAUCAACAUGAUGUCCACCGCGGUUUCGCUAGUAGAGAGCAUGCUUUUCACGGCGAUUUUGACGUUACUGGUACUGUGUUGGCUAUGCGAAAAAAAUACGAACAUUGCCGUCGGAGUAUGGAACACAAUCGUUCUAAUAAGGUACGCGCGUGAAUCCGAAAAAUCGUUUUAUGUUGUUUUUUGUCCGUUUUAAAAUAAGUAAUCGGUGUCUUACAUCGGGCGAAUCACCUCGUCAUCGCUACCCGCCGGCAAAUAAAAUGGACGAUAGUGGUCUGCCUUUUCCGUCAUUCGCGGGUUAUAUCCUAUAAGAUAUGUACGUGAAAAAUAUCGUUUCCCGUGUUCACGACUAGCCUGGAUUUUUAUUCAGAUUUAAAUAGCUCGGCGUAGGUACCUACGAUUGUAUUCACCGAUGAACGGUAUGAUAUAAAUUCGACUAAUGUCAUACAAAAUUACAGCUGAAUGUAGAUAUAGCUGAUUUUGUACGGAUAUUUUGUAUUAUAUUAACUAUCUAAGUAUAAAAUAUAAAUUUUUAAUGGUUAUCUACUGACCGGUUCAUGAUCGAUCGACGCUAACCGCCGCGGUGUCUAGAAAAUUGAAAUAUACCACGAAAGUUUAUUGUAUUUCGUAAAACGAUAAUAAUAUAUAAGCAACUGUAUACUCUUUAGUAUAGAAACUAUAAAGAAUUUUUAGAAAUAUGGCCAUCGAUGACCGGCGCUCGUACUUAAAUUUUAUUCCUUAAAAUACGGUAAAUUAGCGAUUUAGUUUUUUUGUUUACUUUUGAAUCACAUUAUUUAUGCUUAUGGGAAAACAACUGUACUACUUUCAUUUUGUUUUUAAUCUGAGUCUCGUAAAAUAAUCAGUGGGCAUACGACUUGUCACUGGCAAAGCCGUUGCCUUCACACCUUACACAUAUAAGCAAACAUCUUUGCAUAGAGUUUUCUGUACAAAAAAUCGCGUCUUUACUAAUUAUAUUUAUUAAAAUAUAUUUGGUGUGUGUUGGACAUUAUUGUAAUACCUAUUAGAUUUAUGAGUUUUAAAUUUAAUUACAGAGACGCUUGGCAUUUGAUAGUUAAGGAUGUGUACACCACGUUUAAAGAUGAGGAUCCGGUCGACGAAGAACCUGAAUUAGUGGUUUCUUCCAGUGAUCAAUCUGGCGAUCAAAUUUCGUGCUCCAUAACGGCUGACCUGGUUUCACGGUCGUUCCCCCUUUGCCACUUUCCAUUUCCACAGGGAGGAGAAAAUACCGCCCAGGAACUCGGUAAAUAUACAUUAAAAAAAUUCAAAUAUACACCUAACUCCUAAUAAAUUAUNNNNGACUUCAUGUAGAAGAAGUCAUGAGAAACAUGCAAGUUGUUGAUUUGACAAUAAAAAGAGUACAACCCAUCGAAAAUAGCAUAAAUUAUUUGCAGUUUGUUUUUUUUGAUUUGAAUUUGGAAAAGGGAAUAUUAUCAAUAUUUCUCGUACGUAUUUAAUUUUGAUUUGAGUAUUUAUUUUUUUCAUCUUAUGUAGCAAUUAAACUUAUUUUCACUACUUUUGACCAAUAUUUAAUAUUUAAUAAAAUAUAAUGUAUGUUACAUUGAGACCUUAUAGUAUUGUAAUUUAAAAGAAUUAAAUUGUUUUAACAUUUCGCAGGAAAUGUUUGAGUAUGUUGAUUUUAAUAUUAUUGAUCAGUUGGAUUGCGGGUAUUAUCGUAUUGACGAUUCGGAAUUGGAGAUUGUUGGGAUAUUCAACGAGGAAUUAAUUGUCCUGGAAAUGAGACUGUAAGUGGUUUUCUAAGGUUUUAGUAUAAAUAAUUACACUUAUCAGUUAAAUUGUAUAAUAUGCGUUUUUUUUUUUUUUUAAUUUUAUUAUAGAAACGUUUGUGAAGUGAUAAUAAAGAACGAGUGCACCACGGGCAAAAAUGAGGAACCGGACAUCGAAGAACCCGUGUCGGUGGAUUGUUCCGGUAAUCAGGCUUGUCAUCAAACAUCGAGUUCUUUGACGGCUGACCUCAUUUCACCGUCUUUUCCCCUAAACGUUUGGCCUACGGAGACAGUAGAUAAUGCCGCCCAAAUUAUCGGUACAUAUAUAUUCUGGGAUAGACUUCUAUAUAAAAAUUAUGACGAAUACUCACCCGCCUCCUAAUAAACUAUUGUUGAUUUGAUGUAGAUCCGGAUGGCGAAGAACCCGAUUCAACGGCUUUUUCCGGUUAUCUUGGUUGUGAUCAAGCUUCAAGUUCUUCGACGGCUGACCUCGAUUCACCGUCGUUCCCACUUUACGUUUGGCCUUCAGAGACAGGAGAUAAUGCCGCCCAAAUUAUCGGUACAUAUAUAUUCUGGGGUAGAAUUCUGUAUAAAACCAUGACAAAUACCUAGUUGCCUCUUAAUAAAUUAUUGUUGAUUUGAUGUAGACGAAUCCUGCAUGGAGACAAUAAUUCAAGUGGUCAAUUUGACAAUAAAGCAGGUCCAACCCGUUGAAAAAGCUCUAAAAUAUUUUCAAUUUAUUUUAUUUGAUUUGAAUAUGGGAGAGGUAAUAAUACCAUCGAUAUUCGUUUAAUGUAUUUAUUUUUUUCAUCUUGUUACAAUUAUUUUUAUUUCCACUAUUUAUUUAUAACCAAAAUUUAAUAAUUUAUCAUAGAUAAAAAUAAAAUAUACAUGUUAUAAUGUGAUUACAGUUACGUAAUUUACAAAUUUAAAUUAUUUUAACAUUUCGCAGCAAAUGUAUAGGCGUAUAUAUUGCCACUUGCAUGAUCAGUUGGUUUGGUGGUACAAUCGUAAAGGCGAUUCAGAAUUGGAGAUUGUCGGUAAACUCUAUGGAGGGUUUAUUGUCCAAGGAAUGAGACUGUAAGUGGUUUUUUUAGUAUAAAUAAUGACAGUUAUAAGUUAGAUUCCAUAAUAUGUGUUUACAUAGCAAUUUACCGGACGAUUGGAAGCCGAGUGCUAGGAUGGUUUUAAACCAUUUGGAGAACUAUGACCUUCAAUAUUUAAAUUUCGCCCGAUCAGCAUUCGCACAAUUAAACCAAGAUAUACCAAAGGAAUGUUUACAUCUAAUCAAGGUGUGUUAAAAAAAAAAUAAAAAUACUGUUAAUGUAUUAUUUUAUACUUAUAAAAUAUCUUAGAAUAAUUAAUCGAAUUAAUAUUCGAUUCACAGAUUAAACAAUAUGAAUAGUAAAUAAUAAUAUAGUAGGCAAUGGAAUAGCCAAUACGUUUCGCAAAUUAUCAUUUUCUUAUCAGAAAAUCGCGGUAUUUACAAAACUCAGAUAAGAAUUACUUAAUGAUCACUACCACCAUAUUAUGUUUUUAAAAUAUGGUGGUGGGUAACACGUGCAUCACACAAAUAUGCAUAUCGGGAGACUACAGUCGUUGGUUUUGGUGAAUUUUUACGAUAUUAUGUAUACCAAACAUACCGUAUGUAUAUGUAGCUAACAAUAAGUAAUAAAAUGCCAAAAAUAAAAUAAUUUAUCAAUAAAUAAAUAACCAUUUUGUGUUAGUGAUACUAUAGAAAUCGUCCCACAAAAGAUAUUAAUAUAACCAAACGUACCUUAUGUUUAAUGUACCUACUUUCAUUUUCAGGAAAUGAUGGAUAAGCCACGGAUAAACAACAUACGAAAAAAGAAGUCUAUUGUUCUGCCAUCUUAUGCUUAUAGCUGUGAAUAUUUGUGA